GUUAAACGCUCAACAUGAAGUGUGCACCAACGGUCUGCGCCCCUGUUGUUUGCGCAAAAGCGAACUUGUGUUGACCAGACUCUCGCGAAGUUGAAAGGCCUCGGCGAUAUCACCAUCCUGACCCUUUGAUGCGCUUUUGACCUCAAUAUGACUCGGCCAGUAAAAAAGAAGAGCAUUUUGGCGCAAGCGGAGGAGGAGCCAAGCCCGCAGCCCGCUGCUGCCAGCUCUCGUUUCUUGGCCGCAGCUGCACUCGGGCGAGGUCUGAAUUUAAGUACUGCACAUCGAGGCCCAGCGCGGCCUGGCCCGGCCGCUGCGCCGGCAGCAGGCGGGGAAAGAGGGCGGGGGGCGCGACAGCCGGUUGAUGACCGGCCAGUCAUCGAGGUGACUGCGCGUGGCGCCCGCCAAGUGCCCACCGCCCCGCCGGCGCUGCAGCCACGCUUCACGCCGGAGCAGGGCCCGCAAAUCUUCAUCCUGCCCGUCGGCGAGAACAACAACUCCGAUAGUAUCACGCACUUUGAGCGCUUCCAACCUGCAGCGCUGCGAGAGAACCCUGAUGCCCAGGUGGAGCCGCUGCGGACGCCCACUUGGGGACUGCUGCAAUCCACAGGCACGGAGUUUAAGACCAGCGGCAAGCUCAUCCGCGGCCUGGGCCGCGGGGAGAUCAUGCUUCUGGUCAAGCCCGGGACCGCCUACCUCAAGAAACUGCGGGAGAAGGACAAGCAGCGGGCGGAGGCGGCAGCAGCAGCAGCAGCGACUGGUGCAGCUGGUGAGUCCGCCGGUCCCAGCGGCAGCGCACCUGCUGUGAACGGCAAUGCCACGGCAGAUGCGGAGGCGGGGCCCAGCGGCAGUGGCGCAGCUGAGGCGGCAGAGGGCAUCGCCACGAAGCCGGGGCGCGCGACGCGCGGUAGCCGUGCAAGUGCGGCCGCUGCCGCCGCAGCAGCUGCUGCGGCAGCAGAGGCAGGGCCGUCAGCGACCCCAGCUUCACCUGCCGGCGGCAAGGGCAAAGGGCGGAAGAAGGCGGACAAGGCGGAGGAGCAGAGGGCGGCAGCGGAGGCAGCAGCAGCGGAGGAGGACGAGAAGGAGAACCAGCAGGCGGAGGACGAGGACUCGCGGAAAACGCGGCGGAAGGUGGACAAGAAGGGCAAGCGGGGCAGCCAGGUGGCAGAAGUGGCAACGGAGGAGGCAGCAGCAGACGAAGGGGACAAGGCCGAACAGGCGGAGGCUGAGGAAGGGGCCGAGCAGGAGGCAGAGGCGGCCCAGCCGGGCGAGAACCCCACGGGUGGCCUGGCGGAGCAGUGGGAGGAGCGCUACGGGCAGCAGGCGGUGGUGGUGGCCAUUGGCGUGGUGAAGGCGGUGCACGCGGAGCAGGAGGAGCGCUGCACCGAGCUAUACGGCACCGGCAAGGUGUACUGCCCAGGCAAGUACCGGCAGAACACUGCCGUCAAGGGCAAGUACAAGCUGGUGCCGUUCCACUGGCUGAUUGAGUUCGAGGAGGUGGUGCCGGUGGCCAUCCCGCGCGAGCAGGUAGCGCACGACCUGGGACUGCUCAGCGAGACCGGCCAGUCCUACCACUGGCAGAAGGGGCAGUACCUCAACCACAAGAACACCAAGGAGGAGUGCCACACGGCGCUGCAGCACUACUACGACACCGCCCAGCGGCUGCUGCAGCAGGCGCGCGAGCACCGGGCCGCACACGGCGGCGCCCGCCUGCCCAUGGAGCCCGACCUGGACUUCCCGCCCGCGCCCAGGGGCGGCUUCCUGGGCUUCUGCAGGCGCAAGGAGGAGGAGGAGAAGAAAGUGGCCGCCGAGCUGGAGGCACGCAAGCGCGAGCGGGAGGCCUCAGACGACGAUGAGGAGGGCGGAGGCAGCGGGGCCGAGGAAGGCGGCGCCGGGCGGCGCAGCCGCCGCCUGCGGCCGCGCAAGGAGGUGAAGAGCUAUGCCGACCUUGCGGGCGUGCAGCAGCGAGGCCCGCGUGGCGCAGCGGCAGCGGCUGGAGAGCAGGGCGCUGGCGCGGCGGCAGCGGGCGGGGAGGCAGCGGCAGUGGCUGGACCCACUGCGCAGGAGCCCACCGCAGCGGCGCCAGCCGGUCCCAAUGCGCCAGCAGUGCCGGACAGGGCGCACUCAGGGUCCGCAGGGCCCGCCAGCUGCGGGCCGACAGCCAACGGCACCGCCGCCGCGGGCAAGCCUACCGGGCCAGCGGCCCCUGGUGCUGCGGCCGCCAACGGCCGCGCAAGCGACAGGGCGGACGGACCUGCGGGCGGGGGCGCGGCACCAGUCGCCAGGGGCCCAGGGCGUCCGCCGGCAGGGCCGCGCAAGCCCAAGGGCGCGGCGGUGGCCAUGGUGGGCGGAGCGCUCGCAGCGGCUGCGGGUGCGGGCCAGACCCCUGAGCAACAGGCGGCGGCGUUCAGCAACCAGCCCGCCAUCCAGCAGCUAUGCAUGCAGGUGGCACAGGCGGCGGCUCACGCGGCGGGCCUGGCGGCGGCCAGGGAGCAGGAGGCCAUCCGCGCCGAGCGCGACCGCCUUGCGGAGACCGUGGCGCUGCUGCGUGCUCGGGUGGGCGACGGCCACAAGGCUGGCGCCGCUGCCGCUGCCGCCGCCACGAACGGGGGCGGCGCGGCGGCCGAUGCACCCACCUCCAAUGGCGAGUACAGCGAUGCCCGGGAGGCGUCUGUUGGGGCUGAGGAAGCCAACGCACCAGGCGCGGCUGGUGCGGGAGGCACGGAGCUGUCGGCGGCGGCGCAGGUGGAGCUGCUGCGGGCCCAGCUGGCAGUGGAGCGCGAGGAGCGGCGGCGGCAGGCGGAGGCGGAGGCGCUCGCGCGGUCCGAGCUGGCGCGGGCGAUGGAGGAGCUGCACGCCCUGCGGGCCAGGCUGGGGCCGGCACCCGGUGUGGCGGCCGUGGCGGGGGCGCCUGCCGCGAUGCCGGCGGCUGCGUUGGCGCCAGCGCCGGCAGCUGAUGCCGGCACCGCUGCACCUGUAGAUGCCGCUACCAUGGAGGGCGACGGGCCUGUAAAGAUGGAUGAGUAAACUUGUUGGCUAUCUGCCAAACCUCAUGCGUAUUGACAUACCCAACACAUGACACACUUGUGCUCUCCGAACAAGUGACACCAGCAGCAAUCCUGUCUGUUGCGUGUAAGGGGCCACACAUGCGUCUGUAGCGUGCCACGUGCGUGCUGAUGACGGGUGGCGGCUGUGAUACGAUCUUGAAGACAUCAUAACAGUCGUACUGAUUACUAUGAUACCUCUUUGUGUGUUUGAAAUUCGGAGCAAGCGAAUAAGCAAUGUUACCAAUUUCGUAUCCAAGGGUUGUUGGGUACCGGUAGCCAGCAGAAGGUUUCGGGCAUCAAGAGGGUGUUCGGUGUUCGGCGUUCAGCUAUGGGCUCAGGCCAAGUUUUGGGAUGGGGUUUCUGGGGAGCGAAGUGGCGUUCGGGCGAAGGAGAGGCUCCCCAUUAGUGCCGACGUCCGCGCAUUUGUCCAUACGGUACGGCCUGGCUGCAAACCUAGCUAAAUGCAAGGGUUCUGAUUAGUUCAUUCAUCCGUGCGGCGAGUGCGCCCACCUGAGCGCGUAAGCACGCACGCAGAGCCAGAGACUACCGUAUGUAAACACUUCGUGAU